AUGUGUAUCCGUAGCUUAACCCUAGUAUUAACUCUUGCUCUUUUCCAAAGUAUUAUUGGCAGUCGGAUUGAGGUUGAUAUUCCAUCAAUAUCCCCGUCACACAUAUUCGAACUGUCAUCAAACACAUCGCAAUUUCUCCAUCGUGAUGUACUUUACGGUCUUGUUGACGGUGCAUCGGGCGCCAUUCCAUCGGCCAUUCAAAUUAGAGCGUCUUAUGAACAGUUGCAAAUCGAACGAUUAUUCAAUUUGUUUGAACCGAGUAAUAAACAAGAACAACAACAACAAAAGAUAAACAAAGAGCCGAUUUUUCGAAGUUAUUUACUUACACCAACAUUUAAUCGAUCUCAUCCAUUCGUUCGAGUAUUGAUUGCUUCUGCUCUCGGCUCCUAUGAGAAAAAUUCCACGUUGCCCAUGUGCGCAAUUGUUACCGCCGUUAACGAUCAGAAUCUAUAUGAGACUCAAGCUUGUGUAGUAUCACCCAGCACUGGUUAUUGUUUAGUGACAUUACCUGUAUUAAAAAUGGUGGAAUAUUCGACGAAAAACCAAACAUCAAAUAAAAUCGAACUCUACCUCAAACUUCAUCAUGUUGCAACAGCGAACGAUUGUCUAGCUGAUCACACACCUCGGCAAGAUCACAUUCAUCAGGAAACACGUAUUGGUCAUUCGGAAUAUCUCGAGAAUGAUAAUAUUAUGUUUACUACUAUCACUCGUUCAUCCGUCGCGGUUGACUAUCCGUAUGGUGUUCAUUAUGCGAAUUGGCAUUUUCCAUUGAAAUUAAAACUUUUCCUUUCGUCAACCGUUCCAUCAUCAUUUAUUAUACGUUGUCGUCUACUAUCACAUUUUUCUAUCCUAUCCAUUCGGAAACAUCAUUUCAAACUUGCAAAUUAUGAUAUUCGAUUGAACCAAACGAUCUCGAAUCGAUCGGCAUCGACCACAGAUAUCGAUUUUCAUGUAAUUAUCAAUCGAACGAACAAAAUCGAGCAAAAGUCGUCAGUAGAAAUCGAUUUAGCAUCGUUAACCUUACUUAUUAAUUCUACUAAGCAAUUAAAGCCGAGUUCAAUUUUCUACAUCGACUGGUUUCUCCUAUCGAACAACUCUUUCGAUACGAAGGAAGCAAUUUUUCGCGUGCCUAUUCAAGUUCAAUACGAUGAUAUUCAAACAAUCGUCGCGCUCACUGAUUUUACUAGUCUGAUCAACAUCGCGAUGUUAACAAUGCAGAUCCAACAAUUUCCGUUGAAAAUUCUUGCCGUUAAUCAUUCGGGUUCUAUUCAGCCGGUUUCUCAAGCGGUGUGUCAUUCGGAGAAUAUCUAUCUUAUUCAAGUCGACUCCAAUUGCAAUCAUAUCUAUUUUUCCGGUCACGAACGUGAUGAUUUUUUCGAUCAUAUCAAUAGUCCAACGUCGAUUGUUAUUCGCCAUGAAAAAUACCUUCAACGUGUGCAUUUCACUAUCUAUAUUCCUGAACGACCACUGCGUAUCGAAUUGAGUGACAUGAAAUUAUCGCGGAUCAAUGGCUGGUUCAUCAUGAAUCGUGAAGAGGAUCAACAGAAAUCCGGAUCAUCGACGAACGUAUCUGAAAAUGAAGAAGAAGACGACGAAGAAGAUGACGAUGACGACGACGACGAGGAUGAAGAUAUCAAAUGUUAUCCUGUAUACCAGAUAUCACUCGUUGACGUUUAUACGAAAUUUUAUCGAACGACGCAAAAUGGCGAUCGUAUUUAUCUUUUCAACAAAUUAAAUGUUCUCAUUACACCAUUUGUUCGUAAUCAUCUCGAAACCGAUGAUAAACGUGUGGCCGUCAUUCGCAACGGUCGAGUCAUGGGUGUCGGACCAGGCAAAACAAAUGUUCGAAUCUAUUCAUUUACAAAUAAACUUCCAAUAGGUUCGAAAACACUCUAUGUUGACGAUCAAGAACUGACUCGGGUGCAAAACAUUUCAUUCAAUCUCAUCACAAAUAUCGACUUACAAACACAUUUCAUCGAACAUGUCGAUCCAAUCUACAAAAUCCAAUUAUUCAUGAAACCGAUUUUCAAUCGAUUCAAUCUCGACCAUCGAAAUCAAUUCGGUCAAAUCAACAUUAUACUAACAUAUUCAGAUAACACAUCCAUAUCCUUAGAUGAAAUUCCAUCCGAUUAUUAUCAACUCGACUUCGACUUUUCGCGUACAAAUCCUUCGCUGAUCCGUUUCGAUGCGAUGACCUCGUGGAAGAACUUGCUUAUCUCUCCGUUAGCUAUCGGUCAAACCUCAUUACAUGCUCGUCUCAAGUUAGGUCAACAACAAUGUACAGACGAUCGAAGUUUUUCCCAAACAGAUCUUGUUUGUGACCUAAUCAUCGAUUCGAAUAACACGCAACGAAAUUCGAAUCAUCCACAUUCAUCAUCACAGCAGUCAACAGAUCAUUAUGUUAUAUUAAACAAUCACAAUGACCAACGAACAAGAACUUCGCCAUUUCUCAUAGCAGUAUCGAUUCUUCUAGGUGCAUGUAUUGUUUUAUUCCUCGCUUUUCUUAUUCAUUGGUUUGUACAUUUUUACUAUCAAAGAAAAUCAGCAGAUCCGCUACGACGACGAAGACAUUCAACUCAAAGCGGUGCUGAAGAAGCCAAUCAUGAUUGGAUAUUUCUCGAUCGAAACUCGCUUGAAAUGCCAAUCAAACAACAACAACAGCAACAAACGAGUUCCCCGUCGAUACACAGUUCCACGUUUCAUAUCACAUCGAAUCCGUUGAUUAACGCAUCUACCUUACAACGACAAAAAGAAUUAUCUGAACUUUCCCAUUCCCAGAUGAUCGCCUAUUUUGAUAAUUUAAAAGAAUCUCACGCUUAA